AUGGCGGCCUCAACUCCCGCUCAUAAUAUGGCGCUCGAUAAGGGCCAUGAUAAUUUCGUGGAAGAAAAAGAUGUGGGCGGGACCGAUCCGACAAGAUUUCUAUCGGAGUCGCACAAGUCCUACUUGAUUGCACGUCAUGGCACGAUUGAUCUUGAUCCAACUCCUAGCAUGGAUCCGGCUGAUCCUUACAACUGGCCGGCUUGGAAGAAAGUAACCAACUUAAGUCUCGUCGCCUUCCACGCAUGCAUGGGUACAUUCACAGCAGCAGCAAUCAUUUGCGCCUACGAAGACAUCGCACUAGACGUAGGUGUUUCGUUGCAAAGAGUCAGCUAUCUCACCUCAUUGCAAAUCGCCAUUCUAGGCGGUGCUCCUCUAUUCUGGAAACCUCUCUCUACCCGCUACGGCCGACGCCCGAUCUUCCUCUUAUCAUUGAUCCUCAGCUGCGUGUGCAAUAUUGGCUGCGCAAAAAGUUCGGACUAUGCCUCUAUGGCAGCUUGUCGUGCUUUGGUAGCAUUCUUUAUCUCCCCCGCUAUGGCUAUUGGGAGUGGCGUUGUGACAGAGACGUUUUUCCGACAUGAGCGAGCACGUUAUAUGGGUGUUUGGACUGUAAUGGUGACUCUGGGUGUGCCGGUUGGUCCAUUUAUAUUCGGUUUUGUUGCUCAACGCGUCGGGUAUCGCUGGAUCUAUUGGAUUCUGGCAAUUACCAACGCCGUCCAAUUCUUUCUAUAUAUCUUCUUCGGUCCCGAAACCCGCUACAUCGGCGCUGACGUCCAAGCCGAGUCCUCCGCAUUCAAGCGUGAAUAUACAUCAUUCCGCCGUAUCGACUCAACCCCAUUCAAAAUGUCCGAAUUCAUCCACCCCCUCACCCUAUUUACUAACAUCCCCGUCCUCCUCGCUACAAUCGCAUACUCCAUGGUCUUCCUAUUUGCCUCCGUCAUGAAUUCCGUCGAAGUACCCCAACUUCUACAAGUGAAGUUCGAGCUCAACGCCCAGCAACUCGGCCUACAAUUCCUAGGUCUGAUCAUUGGCUCUUUACUCGGCGAACAACUCGGCGGUGUCAUGUCUGAUAUGUGGAUGAAUCGACGUGCGCGUAGUAUUGGCCGGAAACCCGAGCCUGAAUUCCGGCUUUGGCUGAGCUACAUUGGAUUCUUGUUGACUAUUGCUGGAAUGGUUGUGUUCUUGGUAUGUACCGAACAAGCUUCGGUGGGGAAGUGGUCAGUUAAGCCGGUGGUUGGUACAGCUAUUGCGGCAUUUGGAAAUCAGGUCGUUACUACUGUUUUGACUACAUAUGCUGUUGAUACUUAUCCCCAGGAUGCUGGGAGUGUUGGUGUUUUUAUCAAUUUUGUUCGAUCUACAUGGGGAUUUAUUGGACCUUUCUGGUUCACUGAUUUGUUUGACAGCGUGGGACUUGCGAAGAGUUCUGGCGUUGUCACUGCGAUGAUCAUGGUUGCUAGUUUCUUCCCCACCGUCCUCAUGCACUGGAAAGGAAGCAAGUGGUAUACGAAAGAUUAA